AUGGAGGAUUUUUUUGCAAGAAUCCAUUUCUUCCUCCAUGAUUUUCCAAAGUAUUUAUCAGGAAAAUGGAAUAUUUUCUGGGGUGGAAAUAUCGAAAAAUCCAACGCUUCUUCGCACUGCUACACAGAAAAUUCAGCAAAUGAGAAACGAAAAAUCCCAUUUGCAGAAAUCAACUCGAUUUUGAGUAGAGUUGGAAUAGUGGGAUUGGAUGAUUGCGAGAAUAAAAGCAACCUGGAUGAGGAAGAUUUAGUGGGGCUGUUUGAGGAGGAAGAGCCGAGUUUCGAGGAGAUUAAGGAAUCUUUUAAGGUGUUCGAUGUGGACGAGGAUGGGUUUGUCGGCGCCGCCGAUUUGCAGAGAGUUGUUCUUAGCUUAGGUUUGAAGGAAGGUGGUUGCAGUUUGGAUGAAUGCAACAAAAUGAUCAAACCUUUUGAUGUUAAUGGUGAUGGUUUCAUUGAUUUCCAAGAAUUUGUGAGUUUCAUGGAGAGAUGCCUGUGCUAG